GACUGCUUACUGUCUAUCGAUAUAGCUAGCUACUGUACGAAUCUAGCUACGGUAGCUAUCCAACAAGAGACGCGCUGACCAAGUCGAAUCGAAUCAAGGCGUCCCAGCGACCCAUCACUACCAGUACCUAGCCCUUGCUUGAGUUUGUUUCCCUUGAAACUUGCAACAACUUGCGCCGUACCACACAGCACAGCAUUGGCUCUGUUCUUUCUCGCUUCACAUUUUUGUGGUCCUGUCUCAUUUCUUUCAAGCCAGCAGAUCAGCUCCUUGCACGUAUCACCCAUAGCUUAUUUUAAUAGUAGAAUGAGCGCCUCAUCAACUCCUGCGGGAUCAAGCAGCGCUGCAACUGCAAGUCUUCCCAGCAGCAUUGCUCAGGCUAUCAGUGAAAUGCAAAUGCCGCUGUCCACUGAAAGCUACGCGCCCAUGUACUACAAGUCACUCCCGGAAAUGGUGCAGAUCAGACGAGAUGUGCCCAACAUGCCCGACUUUGUUCGAGACGUCGUUGGAACCAUUGCCUUGAUCGUCGCGGGAAGCAAGACUAACAACGACGAAAAAGAAUACCUGGCUCGAUGUGCCGCGGCGCUCAUUCUGCUGGGACACGGAGGAACCGAUGAAGCGCACGAUCUCGUAUCGCCGCUCAGUUGGCCCAACGAAUUACCGUUUGCCUACGGACCACCCGUUGUUGUACCGGAACAAGUUCUCACUUUGGCAUCCUACGUGCACGCAUUGGUGCAUCGAAGAGAGGGCCCCUUCGAGUCGGAAUUCGGAAUGACCGGAUUCAACAAUGCUGACUAUUGGGCGGGCAGUGCACUACGAAGUCCGGAAGGAGCUGAAGCACUGCCACUCGAAGAAAUCAGAACGUCCAUUCUCAAUUUGGCACAAACCAUGUCUAGCAAUCCCCAGCAACAGUCAGCAGCCUCAUCACAAGCACAAGCACAAGCACAAGCAUCCUCUCCUCCAGCGCUGCAACAAUGGAUGCAAACGCACUUUGCAGAACAAGAACUCGCUUUCCCGGCAUGGGAUCCAAGAGCUCUCAACGAACUUUGUUCUAAUCUACAGCAGCAACAGCAACAGCAACAGCAACCAGCCGCACAAACGACGAACGACGACACUUUGCAACAGUUUGCAGAACAAGCAGUUCUACUCGAAAUGAAGAUACUGCUGAAACACACACUCAAAGCUAUAGGAUACGAUGUAUAGCAUACACCACAUAGAAGCCAC